UAUCUUUGCAGACUCCAUAGCUGCAAAAGCGUAGGUUCUCACACAUGAGCAUCAAAUUAUGCUGAAAAGAUGUCGAUUGCUCUUUUCUAAUGCCAAUUGAUUUUAUUUUAACCGGGAAAUCUUUGAAACUCUGUCUCCUAGGAUAGGAUGGAAUGGACAAGCUCAAUCCUAAUCAAAUAGAAAACCUUUCCGAUAUUUAUAUAGGGUAUCGUGGAGAUUUGCUCUUCACAUAGUAGAUUAGUGAGUUAACUAGAGUGCCACUACGGAAGACAUCACUCAAGGCUGCAUAGAUUCAUUCUAGGCAUAUUGGGGCACGUGUUUGAUGGUGGUGGACAAGCAGUAGAAGAUCUUUUUUAAUUCCAAAGUGCAACAAAAUGAGAGGAAAAAUAAGGAAGAGAGAGAGAGAGAGAGAGAGAGAGAGAGAGAGAGAGAGAGAGAGAGAGAAGUGCACGUAGAAUAACACACACCAUGCAUGUAGCAAUUCACACUCAAACAAUGCACUUUUAUCUUUAUAGACACUUUUGGGCCCUAAUGCAUCGAAGGCAAAGAAGAAACCAUGGCUUCUCCUCAAUCACAUCCUCUUAUUGUCAUCCCCACUCUGAUUCCACUCCUUUUCAUUACCCUUCUAAGAACCAUCCUUUCCCAAAACCCCAGUUCCUCUAGUCCCACCAUAGCCGAAUGUGCAUCGCACCUGCUUCCACUGGCCCCUUGUGCACCAUUUGUGCAGGGUACAGCUCAGUCACCAGCGCAGAUGUGUUGCAACAACCUCGAGCAACUCUACAGCCAAGAGCCCCAUUGUCUUUGCCUCUUGAUCAAUGACACUACCUCGAUCAGCUCUUUCCCUAUAAACACCACACUUGCCCUGCAGCUGCCUAAUCUUUGCAAACUUCAAGCCGACAUCUCUGCUUGUUCAGGAAAAAAUGUGCCUCCUAGUUCACCUGGUUCUCAAGUUUCCCCGGGGACAAACACCAACUCUACUCAUGGGACAAAUCCCAACUCAACCGUUGUUGCUUCUCCAAUGGUCCAGGUGCAACCAAGACCCAACAUUAUGGGACUGGGCUUUGGCAGUAGCCUCAGCACCAAAUUGAAAGCAAAAGGUGAUUUUACAUUGGUGGUGACAAUGGCAGCUUUUUUGUUGGGGAGAUUACUGUAAUUGUGGCUCCAUUAUAGCCUUUUACUGUUGUCAUGGAUGAAUGUUUACCAGUGAGUUAAACUAGGAUUUAGGAUUUGAUGUUAGUUGGAAUAAAAAUAAUAGCUGUAGUUUAUUACGCAUACUCUGUUAUUUGGACAAAAGGAUCUAAAGGGCAGGUGCCAUUUUCCUGAUGGUAAAACAGACAUUAUUAUUAUUAUUAU